GUUUGUGUGUUCUGUUGUGUGUGUUCAGUUCUGUUGUGUGUUUGUGUGUUCUGUUCUGUGUUGAGUUCUGUGUGUUCUGCUUCAGUUUAAUACAGGACUGCUUCACUCCCGCUCGAGCGUCAUCAUCCCGUCCUGUUUGCUCUUCACGCCACACUUGCUGCUAACAGUACCGGAGUGUCCCGGUGAUUUUCAUGUCGUGCCAGAUAAGUGUGUUAUUCUCUGUAUAUUGAUGAGCAGAUGAAGAGCAGUAACUGUCGGCCCUGCAGACGCUCCUGCCGUUUCCUCUCUGCUCUGCGCUUUUCCAGCAGAUGGACGAUGAUUUUCAGACGACGGUUCAGCUGUACAUGUGCUUUAAUCGUGUUCAUUCAGUGAGGAUCUGAAGAUGCUUCUGUCUCACACCCACACACACACACACACACAACAUACACAGUGAAAUAAUCCACCGCUGGGCGAUCAAACCUCCGUGCCAGCUUCACGUAAUAAAGGCCGGUGUGUUACACUGUUUCAGAAGUGACUGAUGUACGGUUGCAUCAGUUGUUUACCACCAGAUUUCCGUCAGAUCCGAUGGCGAGUUGCAUCACUGCCAAUCGCUGUGAAGGACGAGCACUUCCUGCCCGAACCCGCCAUCCUGAGCCAACCAUGUUCAUUACUGUCCUUAUCCAGAAACACACACACACACACACACACACACACACACACAUGCAACCGCUUCUUCAGAAAUCUAUAUUCAGACACAUUUGCAUACGAGCUUCAGUCUCCAGAAUGCUGGGCUCUGAUUGGCUGCGGCUCUGGAGGUUUAAAAUAAUGGGAGUGACGGAGUCGUGGCUUUAAAUGAGCCGCCGUGGCUCAGAGCUUCACCUGCAGGACCGUCGACAGGUAAGAGAACAUUACUGUCUCCGCUUUACAGAGACUCUGAUGGAGGGUUAGGGUUAGGCUGAUGACCUGCUCUACUGGACUGGGCUGAUGUUGACUGUGAGAAUGUACAGAUGAUAACUUUACUUCAGUGUUUAUGUUUGCAGAGGUCCAACAUGUCCUGUAAUUGAGCUUCAGCAGGCUGCUGUGCUGUAAUGCUGUGCAGAUUAGCAUUAAUAACUGUAAUAAUCAUCAGCAUUAAUGGGACACUCUGAACCUAAACAAGCCUGAUAGAAGAACCGUCGCUGGUGUUCUGCUGUACAGCGUAGAGAAGAUGAGGAGAUCAGUCAGUCUGUGAUCGCAGAAGUGUGUACAGUGUGUGUGUGUGUGUGCUGCAGUAGAUGAUGAUGGUCAGUGACGGUGUCCUGUCCAUCUGCAGAAUAAUCUCACAAACUGAAGGUGUUCUGCAGAUGUGCCUGCACUUGACCCCUGCCUGACCUUUGUUUGACCCCUGCUUCACCCGUCUUACCUUUGUUUGACCCUUGUCUGACCCCUGCUUGUCCCUGUGCCUAACCCUCGUCUGACCCGUGUGUAUCCCCCACAGUGGUCCCCAUGGAUCUGCCUGGACCGCUGAACUCCUCAGUGCUGCUGGUCCUCCACCGGCCGCUGAACGGCUCCCCUGUGCCGCUGACGGUGCUGGACAGCUGUGCAGAGAUGCCCGCCGCGCUCCUCUUCUACCUGGUGCUGCAGUUCAUCAACAUGUUCCUGGGCGUCCCGGCGAACCUGAUGGUGCUGUGGCUGAUCCUGCGGAACCGGCGUGACUCGUCCAGCUCCAACAUCUUCAUGGUGCAGCUGGCGGUCCUGGACGCUGGCUUCUGCUUGAUCCCGCCGCUGGAGUUGGUCAACAUCGUGUACUGGAGCUCCAGCCACAUGUGGUUCGUGCUGCGCUUCUUCUAUGGUGUGAAGGAUGCAUCUCCGCUCUUCCUGUCCUGCAUCUGCCUUGACCGCUACGCUGCCGUGUUGCACCCGGUGACCUUCAGUGCGCUGCAGGACCGCCACCACCGCUCCGUGUGCGCCGCCGUCGUCUGGGUCAUCACGCUGCUCUACGCCGCUGCCAAGUGUGCCGGAAACAUACCAAACUUCGAGAAGGUGUUCACGGUGAUGAUCCUGGUGGUGUUCGCCUUCAUGCUGUUCUGCAACGGCUCCAUCCUGUGGGCCCUGCGGCGCUCGGCCCCGGGCAGAGACCAUCGGCACCCGGUCAAGAAGAAGGCCUUCCGCACCGUGCUGCUGAUCCUGGUCAUCACUGUCUUCAACUACUUCCCUCCGGUGGCGCUCUUCCCCUUCCAGGAGUACUUCCCCCCGCUGGUCUUCCACUGCUGUGUGCACUACAUCGCCUUCGGCUUCAUGGACAUCAGCAGCAGCAUACAGCCGGCGCUGUACCUGUGGAGGGAGCCCAGAGCGCCGCCCUGCUGGAGGAGACGCAGCCGUGCGGAGGAGCCACUGAACACCGUCAGCCGCAGCGUAGACCUGCACUGAACAGUAAACCGCCUGAUUCUACAGUCCUGGAUGAAGAGAGCGGCGGGGACUGAACUCUGCUGGGUGUUUCAGAUGCUGUGAUGGAGGAACUGACGCACACACACACACACACACACACACACACACACACACAGCCCUUCAUCAGAGGAUCAGUGCUGAAGACUCCUGCAUCUGCUCGUCCACUGCGCCCUCAGCUUCAUUUAUGCAGGAUUCAGCUGUGCUUCAUCAGUGUACUGUAGAGCGAUCAAUACACUAACACACAAAUAAACAAGUACAGAAUC